AUGGAUAUUGGCAACCAAUUUGAAUCUAAACUAAUCCAGAUUGCAGAUUUUGAGAGAAUCGAAGGUAAUACAUUUUAUGUCUCAUGUCAUUAAUUAUUUAUACAUUAUUUUGAUUCAAAGUUGUUAAAGAUAUAUAUCGAAAUUGUGGGUUUUUCACUAAAAUGAAUUUGACAUAAAAUUUAUGUCCCAUGUAUAUGAAAUUCUGGGUCUUCAACUUUUCUUCCUCUGAUCAAACCUGACCAACCUAAGACUAUUUCUUGCCAUAAACUUGGCAAGUGAACCAAAACUGAAGAUCUUAUUCUUUCGAAGAUAAUCGAAGUGAGAGGUCCCAAUUCUUGGUCGAAAAUAGCCAAAGAGUUAAAUUCUUUGUUAUAUCAGAAGAAGCAGAUCCGAAAUGGGAAACAAUGCAGAGAGAGAUGGCUCAACCGCCUAAACCCUAUUAUAAAUAAGAAUGAAUGAACUGAAGAAGAAGAUUUGUAUAUAAUUAAUCAGCAAGUCCUCAUUGGCAACAAAUGAUGCGAAAUUGCACGAGGAUUAAAAGGAAGAACUGAAAAUAGUGUAAAAAAUAGAUUUAAAAGCCUUAUGGCUAAAAGAAGCAAUGAAAGUCCUAUUAGAAAAGUCCCAAAAAUCGAGGAAGAGGCCGAGAUUCAACGUUUUGAUGCUCAGCCUCCAACUGUUACAAUAUUAGAAAAAAAAGGCUAUUUUUUGGAGUGCAAUGUAAAUAACGGAGAUAUUAUGCACGAAAGUACAUGUAGUGACUUUGAAAAUAAUUUACCAUCAAAGAAUGGUCAUGUGAAAAGAAAUCGGCGAAGAAGUCCUUCGCCUUCAAUGUUUUUGAAUGUUUAA